UGAAUCACCCGCAAGGCAGCUGUGAAUAAUCAUUAGCAGGUGACAAACAACGAACAGUCAUAGAAGCCGGUAGGGAAUAUCUUGCCCCUAACGACGAAAAAAAAUAACCCAAUCUCGCCUCAUUUAUUUCUUGCUGUGUAGGUCUUACCGCCCUCACUCUAGGCUCUCCUUCUAACUCGUUAGUAAACAAAGCAGCAACAGGUGGUCAAGCUGCCCACACAACUUACCUCAACAACUCUUUCAACUUCCACAGUCCAUCCAUCCAAACUACCCUCAAAAAACCUCCAUCAUGGGUACUUCCUCGAACCAGAACCAGAAGUCGGCGUCGCCCCCGGGCACCCCUCUCCGCGACUACGACGGCGACACGCCCAUGACCAACGCAACGCCCUUCGGCGCCACCACGCAAGGAACCCGCCAAAGUCCCUCCACGGUCAAUACGCCCAUGCCCGCGCCCCGCCGCUCAUUGUUGGCUCGCUCAAUCCAGACAGAAUACAUCGCGACCCCGCGCAGCUCGCGCGCCUCAUCGACCUCGUCAACGGACAGCGUACCCAUCGAGGCGACCCCGGGCAUGGUCCCGCGCAGCUCGCGCAUCGGCAACAACCCCCACGCCGCGACGGCGCGCUCCCAGACAUCCGGCCAGCAACAGCGCACACCUCCCCCCCGCUACGCGCAGCCCGCGACGCCUUACCCGGCAGGUGGCAGCACAUCCACAUCCACACCCAGCCUUCCCGGCCUCCCCACGACGACGCCGCUGCGCGCAAGCCUCUCAUCGCUAGCGAGCUCGACAAGCAGCUUCCGCAGCUCGGUGCUGGCGGGCGAGCGGCCGAUGCCGGAGACGCCGGCGGCCGCGACCAUGGGCACGCCGCAGGAGAUGCCGGAGCGCCGGCGCAGCAGCCGCUUCGUGCCGCGCGACAGCCUCGGCGUCAUUAGCCCCACGAACCCGACGCACCGCCGCGCCAGCGCGCUGUUCCAGCCGCAGUCUGCUGCUGCGCGCGAGGCGGAGGCGGAGGUUGAGGCCGAGGAGAUGGAUAAGGAGAAGGAGAAGGCGCGUCGAAGUUCCGCUGCUGCUGCUGCUGCUUCGUUGAAGAAGAAGGAUAAGAAGGAGGAGGAGAAGGCUGGGGCAGAGAAGGAUAAGGAUGUUGAUAUGGAGGGAGAGAAGGAUGGUGCUGAGUUUGAGAAUUAGGAAAAGAAGGAUUAGGGUUGGGAGGUGACACGUUCGCAGACAAUGGAGGUCUUUUAUGGUCCCUCCCUUUAAUGCCUGAUGAUAGGACGGCAUUAAUUGGGUUGCAAGGGUGUUUUUCGGGGCUUGGGUCGUUCUAGAAGACAGUUUAUGAACUGUGCUUCCUCAGUCGUCGCUCGAUACGCGCGGGUAACUGGCCCGAUAGUUUGACGCAAAGUAAAUACGACACCGUCUGAACAAACCCCUUUCAAUUCCUCUCCUAUAACCUAAACCCCUUUUGUCCAUCCUGAUCUGUGCCAGACUGAUCGAAUGACCUUGUUAUGGCCCAACCAUCCUGCUCUAAUUAGGUACUAAAGUGCUAAGAUGAUGAUAUGGAUACUUAAAAAAACGGUUGGUUAGAACCUAUCGUACAAUACUAAGGAAA